AUGUCAUCAUCAGCAUUGACUCGUGAACAAAGUUCAAAAGCUUUUGAUGGUCAUCAAUAUGUUUAUAACCAUGAAAGUUCAACUGUUGGUUGUAAAAUGAAAUUUGGUGUUUAUGUUCCAGCAAAAGCUGAGAAAGAACGAGUACCUUUAUUAAUUUUUCUUUCUGGUUUAACUUGUACGGAACAGAAUUUUAUUACAAAAUCUGGUGUUCAACGUUUAGCUUCAGAAUAUGGUUUUAUUGUAGCAAAUCCAGAUACUAGUCCUCGUGGUUGUAAAAUUGAAGGUGAUAGUGAUAAAUGGGAUUUUGGUGAAGGUGCUGGAUAUUAUAUUGAUGCAACUGAAAGUAAAUGGUCAAAGAAUUAUCAAAUGUUUUCUUAUAUUAAUGAAGAAUUUUAUGAAUUAAUUGUUAAAAAUUUUAAUGUUAAUCCAAAUCAAAUUGGAAUUUUCGGACAUAGUAUGGGUGGUCAUGGUGCUUUAAUUAGUUUUUUUAAACGUCCUGGUCAAUAUAAAUCUGUUUCAGCUUUUGCACCAAUUUGUAAUGCAUCAAAAAGUGACUGGGGUAUUAAUGCAUAUACGAAAUUUUUUGGUCAAGAUAAAAAUCUUUGGAAACAAUAUGAUGCAACUGAACUUGUCGCUUCAUAUCAUGGUCCAAAGCCACAUGCACCUGUUUUAAUUGAUCAAGGUUCUGAUGAUAAUUUUAAAGAUAAACAAUUAUUUCCGGAAAGAUUUAUUGAUGCUUGUAAAACAGCUUCAUUUCCAAUCGAAUUGCGUGAACAAGCUGGUUAUGAUCAUAGUUAUUAUUUUAUAAUGACAUUUUUAGAAGAUCACUUUAAAUAUCAUAAGAAAGAAUUUGAACAUUAA